AUUUGUGAAUUUUGAUGUUGCAGAAAUUAAUUCUCAGUAGAUGGGAUGGAAGUAGAAUUAGAGUUUGUGAUAUAUGAUGCCUUUAACCAUCUAGAGUUUUAGUUAUUUAGGAAAAUGUAACACUCCUAGAUAAUUCACAUAUCGAAUUGUUUAGAAAUGAUAAGAUAAGGAUUGGUUAAAUAAUCUGCAAGCUUCUAAUAUGUCAAGAUACCUUUUGGGUUGCAAAGCCAUUGAUGGACUGUGUGUCUAGAGAGGAUAAUAAGGCAGGAUAUUGGAUUAUUGUUACAGAAAAUAUGUUAUCUUGACGGAUUUUUUUGCUUACUUUAUCUCUGCUAAGAGAAGCUAGGGAUUCAAAGACAAAGGAGGAUCAUUGACAUUUGAUUGUUUUUUUAUUAGAUUCUCUUGAUGUUCUUGCAUUUUUUUUUUUUCACGAAGAUAAAAGUCUGAAGAAAUUUGGAACCUUGCAUGUCUCUGAUAUUUUUUUGGUAAAUUUUUUAACUACUGUUGUUAUACAUGAUUGGACUUAUUUUCUGGAAGUGACACGGGAUUUGAUUAUAGGGUUAUGAAAACUCUGACAGACUAGUUAUCUACACAAAUUAUUUUCUACUUAUUUUGGCUGACUUUGAUCAGUUUAUUUGUUAGGUAAAUGCUGGAUAAAAAUUAAAGAUCUUGCAUUCUAGAUGUGGAAAGAAUAAUGUGUUUAGAAUAGAAAGUAGCAUCUGUAUUGGUAUUUUUCCUGUUCUGCUUAUUUUAUACAAGCAGAAACGUGCUAUUUUUCCUUUUUUUUUUUUUAAGUAGAACAUCAGUUUAGUCUUAUAAUACUGAAAAUGGGGUUAAAUGGUUUGAAAGCUAUUUUAUUGAUUGUCUUGAAAACGUCAUGUAAUAUUUCUACUGUGUUCCUCUUUUUUGCUUUACACUGACUUCUGAUUUCGCUUAAUUGAAAUGUUGUUACAAUUUCUGGCUCAUUUUAGUUUUUUUUCAUGCUUAAUCCCAAUGUUUGGUAGAUGAAAUUGUUCAGAUGCAGUGAAAAACUUUCUAGCAAGAGCUCAUUGUAGUCAACCCUGGAUACAGAAUGUGGUUUAUGUUCAAGGAUGGAAGACAAAUCUGAAUCCAUUGUAAGAGGAGAAGAUAGUGUCAAGAAGGAAGAACUGCAUAUCAAAGUCAAGACCAAAGAAAUAGAACCAAAAGUUGAGAAGGAACCAAAGACUGAAGUGGAAAUCGAAUUGAAGAGCAAAUCAGCGGAGAAGGAAAAAAAAAAACACAAGGGCGAGGAACAUAAACAUGAAGAAAAGGAUGACAAGAAAUCAAAGAAAAAGGAUGAAGAGUCAAAGUCAAGGGUAAAGGAGAAAGAGACGAAGGAUGAAGAUAAACAGCAGAAAAAGAAAGACAAAGGAAAAGAAGAGAAGAAAAAGGAUAAAAAAGAGAAGGAUUUAAAGGGGGAACACUCAAAGGAAAACGAAGAGAAAAAGAAGAAGAAAGAUGGAGAGUCAGAGGAAAAGAUAGAGGAAGAAUUUGGGGUAAAAACUAAAACAGAGGAUGAGAGAAAUAAAGGUGAAGGUAAGGAGAAAGAAGAGAAGAAAAAGGAGAAGAAGCACAACAAUGAAGUUGAGGAAGAAGAGAAGAAGAAGGAGAAGAAGAAGGAGAAAAAGCACAAGGAUGAAGAUGAGGAAGAAGAGAUGAAGAAGAAGAAGAAGAAGCACAAGGAUGAAGAUGAGGAGGAAGAGAAGAAGGAGAAGAAGAAAGAGGGUGAGGGUGAGGAGAAAGAAGAUGAGAAGAAAAAGCAAGGUAAGGAGAAAAAAGAUAAAAAGCAAAAAGAUGAAGUGGUUGAAGUAACCAAAGAUGUAGAUGGAGAUGAAUAUAAGGAAAAGAACAAAGAGAAGAAGAAAAAGGAUGAAAGUGAGGAGAAAGAAGAGAAGAAGAUGAAGAAAAAGAAAGAUAAGGAGAAGAUAAAAGAGCGCAAGGCUUGCAAGCAUGAGGGGAAAGAUGACAAAGAUGAAGAGAAAGAAGGAAAAAAGAAAGAGAAAGAGGAGAAAGAGAAGAAGAAAGAAAAGGAUGGGGUAAAGGGUGAGGUUGAAGUGGCCUCCAGGGAGAUUCAAAUAGAAGAAAGUGAGAAAGAAUUAGAUCGUGAAGGAGAGGAGAAGCAGAAAGGAAAAGAAAAGACAAAGUCAGAGAAAAAAAGAAAACUUGAUGGGAAGGCCAAGAGCAAGAAUAUUGAUAAGCUAAAACAGAAGGUGGAGAAGAUUAAUGUCAAAAUAGACGCUCUCGUGGAGAAAAAGGCUGACAUUCUGAGGCAGAUUAAAGAAAUUGAGCAUGAGUGUGGUGAUAUGACUCAGAAGGAAACAGAUAAAACUGGGACUGUGGCUGAAUAGCAUCACACUAUGAUACAUGAUUAUACAUAUCCUUUCUUUGAUGUAGUGUGAACGUUUUUGUAGGCGUAUAUGUUUCUCUUUGUGAAUAAAACACCCCUCUACUACUUGUGAAGAAUAAAUCAACAUCUUGCUUCA